AUGGCUUCGAAAACGGCGUCGUUGUAUGGUGUGCUCGUUUUGGUGCUUUGCAUUGUUCAUAUUCAAUGUAAAUCUGACGAUGCACCAACAUUUCAAUCGUUCUCAAGCGAUUCAUCCCUUACCAAAGAGGAUAAAACAGCGCUGCAAAAAGUUGGUGAUAUAGCGAGCAGUGUAUUGCAACGUCUCGGUCUAGCGACUGAUGGAACGAAUCGGAGAUAUAAACCGUUACCGUCGACGGAAUAUCAAUCCGAUGAACUUAAUUCUGUCAUCAAUGAAGCAAACCAAAAUAGAGUCGACCUUCAAGGCAUAGCCAGUGGGCAAAUUCCUGGAUUAGCACCAAUCCCGGUACCAGGAUUCCCUGGUCCUCAGGAUGUGCCAACCAUUCCUGGAGUAAAUACAAUACCUGGCCUCAGCAACUUUAACUAUUUGGUUGGUCAGUUGAUACCACAAAUGAUUCCACCAACGAAUACACUGUUCGGUUCAUCAAUCAGUAGACUCCUUCCGAAAGAUUCUGCAAAAAAUCUGGCAAAAGAUGUCUUCCGUGCAGUACAUCCCGCUGCCGAAAACGUUGAUGUUGCUCGUAUGAUGGGCCGAUGGUUCCAGGUAAUCAACAGUCCACAUGUGAUCCGCGAAGCAUGUACCGUAUCGCAUUUUGGUGCACUCACGAAUCAUACGUAUAGUGCAACGUUCACGAUUCUGAAGUUUUACCGUGAAGGCAACGCGAAUGGUCCACCUCGCUACUCACUUGGUUACGGCUUCAAAUCUGGUGAUACUGGUCAAUUCAUGUUACACAGCAGUAACUCACCCGACUCAGAGCCUUUUUGGGUGAUCAAGAAAGGACCUCUCAACGAAUAUAAUCAGUAUGAUUAUGCAAUCGUCUCGAACUGGGUUCGAUUUCCAGUAUUCGUGAUUGCUCGUGAUCCAGAAAGAUUCCAGAAAGAACACAUGCGUGACGUUUUACAAUUCCUUGAAGAUAAUAACUACAUAAACGUAAUGACGAAAGCGUUCAAUAUGAUCUCGCCAGUUGAUUACAGCCAAUGUCAAUACACACCUACAUUCUCUGGAGCAGGUAAAUAG